AUGAGCUCUUAUGUUGACAGCUGCAAUCUCAGGCAAACAAGCGAGACAACUUCUCCAAACACUAUGUUUAGUUUCGAUGUAUCUGGGCGCACGUCCAGCCGUUAUGAGGGUGUUAAUGUGAGCGGGAUAUUCACUUGUCCCGUCCCCACGACCUCUGCUGAACGGGAGGAGAUGAAAACUAGCCUGCGUGGCAGUGCGGAUACUCCUCUCCCGGCAGGACCACAGAUAACCAUGGUCUCCAGCAGCUCGUCCGGAGACGACGCAGGCGGGCUCAGCUACGGGAGCAGCACUCUGCUGGGACUAGGGGUUGACAGAGACCCGGAGAGGAGCGCGAGAUCCGACGGCAAGAGCCAGGAGAACGAGAGGAACGCGGAGAAGGCACAAGCGGAGAAAAGAACCACGAAAGUGAGCCAGCGACAGGACAGUGAGCAGCGGCCACAGAUUUAUCCAUGGAUGACAAAACUGCACAUGAGCCACGGUAAAGUUUGCCUAUUUCCUAAAGUGGGUCUGAGAUGCUUUCCCUUAUUCACUCUUUACGCUGCAACACUUCUUUUCGCCCGUUCCACUUUCCCCUCUUGAGUUUUAUAGGCCAAACGCAGGAAAUAAUAAAAACUCGCGGUCAUAAAUUUUAUGACAAAGGCAUCCAUUGCUCGUAAACCUGCUCUGUUACGGUGAAGAGGUGAUCUGCGGGGUGAUUUAUGGUGCUAUAAUUGGAUAAGAGAACUAAACUGUGAUAAAACUAUAAAAUAAUAUUUACAAAUUCCCCUCGAAGAAUUAGUUUGUACCUUGUUUCUUUUUUACAACCUCACCCAAAGCUUCGUGCUUUUACAUGAUCACAGUGUAUGAGGAAGAAGCUUUAGCCUUAAAUUGAACUCUGGGAAACACCAAUGCCCUGACCCAAUCGUGAACUUUUCACCUCUAAAACAUUUCAAUAGGCGUGUUCUUUCUCCAUGCCUUGAGAAACCACUGGUUGACUGUGUAGGCUGCAGAUGGACACUGAUGCACAUUUGCUGCAAAAAAAAGACGACCUUAUAGCCUGCUUUGUGUUGCUCCAUAUGCAAACAUACAGGAGCCCACUGCUGGGGUGUUAAAAUAUAUAUUUCACUCCAAUGGAGAAGGCCUUAACACAGCUGUGCACGAGUGCGUGUUAUAAAUAUGAAAUUAUAUAUCUAGAAACAGACUGGACUGUAUCAAUUUUCCUCUUUUACGCAGAUUUACUCAUGAAUUUGUCCUCUCUCUUUCUCUCUGUGUGUGUGUUUUAUAUUUCGUGCAGCCACUUAGAGGCCGAGGCCAGUGUUUGCAUGAAGGCCACUUAUUUUCCUUUAUCAAAUACAACCAUAAAAUGUAGUUCCCUGAAUAUAAUAGAGGACGGUAUGUUUUAUUUUUGAGAAAGAGUGUGCGAAUUAUCCUUUUCUUGAUUUGCGUUUAUUUAUUUAUUGGAUCUAGCUAACCACCCAUAUCAGCCUGGCGUAUUUUUUUAUUACACUCAAAGGAGUAAUGAGUUUAUGUAAAGCUUUUUGAUCCUUUAAUUUAGUUUAGCAGGGGCAUCAAUAAAUCGAAUUUGCUUGUUUUGCUUCAUUGUGGAUAAACCAGCUUCUUCAGCUUCUUCAAAGUCUCUAGUUUGAUUUCAUUACAAUAUUAAUUGAUCUCUAUAAUGCUUCUGAAAGCUAACUGGUUUUAAUACUGCUUCAGAAUCGGAGGGUAAGCGCUCCAGGACCAGCUACACCCGCUACCAGACUCUGGAGCUGGAGAAAGAGUUUCACUUCAACCGCUACCUGAGUCGUCGCAGGCGCGUGGAGAUAGCACACACCCUAUGUCUGAACGAGAGGCAGAUCAAGAUCUGGUUCCAGAACAGACGUAUGAAAUGGAAGAAAGACUCAAAGAUCAAAGUGAAAGAAUAAAAGAGAAGAAGGAGUGCAGCAGUGAGUAGACCCACACUGCUACUACUGCUGCUGCUGCUGCACCAAAGUGCUGGAGUGGCGCGUGACCUCUGGAUGAACCGCGAGGAGCAAUGACAUCAUGACACCGCUCUGUGUGCUUCAUCACCAAUUAUGUGUCACUUGCUGCAGUUUGGGACCUAAUGUAUUGAAUAUCACUCACUUUGAUCAAUCGGUUUACAUUUCUAAAUUAAUUUGCUGCCCAUGCGAUGAUAACCUCACUUUGCUGCACGGACGGGACACGAGGGCUGAGGGGGAGCUGCAGGGUCCUUCACGGCUGCAAGACUCGCUGCUCUGGCGGUGUGUGCACGGAGAGGCUGCACAACAAUUCUUCUAAUCUGUGUUGUAAUUAUGGUAAAAGUAGAAGAGGCUGACUGACUCUUUAACAUCAUCGAAAUAAGGGGACUCUAAGGUCAAAAGACGCACGAAAGCACUGCGAAUGUCUCCUGACUGCUUUGGAAAUGGUCUCAUGAAAUAGUUUCCCUGCAGUAUAAACUCACAGAUUUGUCUGACUAAUAAUAUGUUCAAAGUUGGGAUGUGUGAUAUGUCCAGUAAGCUCAUUUGUGACUGAAUUUCUGUUAAUGCUGUGUGUGUCUUUAAUUUGUGGAUUUAAAUCAUUCAGUGUAACUCUACGACUGUGUGUGUGUGUGUUUAUGUGUGUGUGUGGUAAUAUUGUGAUGUGCAGUGAAGCCAUUCCUGUACACUCUGUAACCUUAAGGUGCCUGGUUCAAAAACAAGGCCCAGAAUAACUGAUAGAUGGCUUAACUGUUGAGUGAAACCAAUAAAAUCUCAUCCUUAAAAUAAAAUAAAAACAAUCUCGUCUUUACAUUCCUCAUAUUUGCUGCAUCAGCCGAUAGAUAUUUGUUUUUUCCUUUCCUUGGUGAAGUCGGUUUUAGUCUGCCUCAGAAUUUCCCUGACAGACAAACGCGCUCAGAAGUUUAAUGCCCUCAUAAAACUUUAUUGCCCCUCUUCCAGCCUUCCACCACAGGCACACUCCGUUUCCUGUUUAGUCAGGGAAGGAAGAGACUCUCGAGCUAGCCUGAGAUAACACUCGCCCACAAUACAACGUGGAUGCAAAACUUUGGUUUCCUGUGGCCGCAGACGGACGCGCCACGCACCACAGUGGAGACCAUAUGGCACCUUUAUGAUAUGGCCCUGCUCUUUAAUCCUGGCAUCAUUACGCCGCAGUUAAAAACAACACUAGAGGACAUAAAAUCACCCCAAUUGCUUUUGUAGAAGUAAUAGCAGUUUUCUACGGUUAAGCCCAAGGUUAGGAGGUAAAUUCUCUCUUUCACUAGUCAAAGAAAACAAAAAUACACUCACCUCUCAAACUAAAAGCUUCCUAUUGAACUUCCUGGACGGUUUUGAGAACCGGUCAGCGCAGCGUCCACUUUCUCUGCGCUCUGCUAGGCCUAACCUAUACAUGGACAAUGCAUUCAAUCCCCUUUUUCUAUGUCUUUCUUUUAGGGUAUUUUAAAGUUUACAAGGUUACAUAUGCCAAUUGCCCCAAGCAGGGCCUGUGAAUGGUGCAUAGGGAGCACGUGGUGUCAUUUAAGUGGGUUUUAUGGCCUGGAAGAGCUGACAAACCUUCGAUAUAUACACAUCAUAUAUAAUCUUAACUGUCCGGAAUCGCAGCUGCCGGCUUCCCCUUAUCUGAGGGAGAAAGGGCUUUGUGGCAGUGAGGAUGCAGUACCUUUCUCCGGACUGUGUGAGAGGCGGCUGCUGCUGCUGCUGCUGCUACGGAGAGCUGCACGCUGCAGUAAGUUCAUUUUCAAUUCGACUUCAGGCCUGCGAGUAUAUAUGCCCUGAUUUUAGCGCAGAAAAUAUUGUUGUGAUGUAGAAUAAUGUGACUUUGAAUGCUUGGUUAUUUAUUAGAAUAUCAUUUUAAUAACAGUACUCAACUAUAGUUAAUAAGCGUUUGAUAGUGACUGAAUAGUUAUGCUUUCGGAAUAGUCGGUGGAUGAUAAUUUGGAGGAUAUUUGGUGUUGCGUAUUUGGAUUGGCAGAAACGGGAUCAAACCAAAAUUCCUCUCAUAAUUUUUCCGGUUAUUUCAAGGUUUAAACGUCCUUCUUAUCAUCUUUAUAUUUACAUAUUUUGAUGAUUUUUAGCUGGUGAUUUUUAACGCCUCAAAGAGAUUUGUUGUGUAGUGGUGAUCCCUGUGACUCAACAGUUUGUUAAGCAUGUUAGUGCUGUCACUAAGAGGGAAGAAAAAUGUCUGAGAGCGAUUGAAAAGUCAGCCAGAAGUAUCAUAAAAUCAUCUGGCGUCCAGCUUCACCCUCCACCCCCACCCUCUCCUUCAAAUAAAAUAUACAUACUGACUCUCUUUCUAGAAAAUACCGAGUUUGUCCUCUUCAGCUGAACUUUCCGGGCACAGAUUUGAAAAUAACAGUGUUGAAAUAAUGUGGCACUUUUGUUUUCGGCUGUGCUUUGAGUGUUAAAGCCUUGUUAGAUUUCUCAUUCGGUGGCACAAUGUCAGUGUGUGUGUGUCCCUGUUGUUUCAGGGUCAUGUCUGGGCCAGGAGACGUGUUUAAUUGAAGGCUAGUUUGCAGCAUAAUUAUUGCAGCAUUGUUAAAGCCUGUGAUAAAACAAGGAGCCGGAGUUAAAACUGCUGUGAGAGAACAAAAAAACAUCUUUCAUGUACAACAACAAGGGAAUAUUUGUUUCCCACUCCUCAUAUUUUUAUGCUAACUUGUUGUCCUCGUGCAGGGGCAGAUAUCUGAAUUGAUCAGUUUGGAGACUGAUGAGGCGACGUGUUCUUAUAGUUCGAUAAUUUUCUAUAGGCCACAUGGUUUAAUUGCUCAUAAGUCUUGGAGAGCAGCUCAUCCAAGAAAUACUGUUGUUUGCUUUAAUCAAUGUGUGGAGCUGUGAAUGGUUCAUUUUAAGUCUGGAGUGUGUGUGUGAGUGUGUGUUAGUGAGACUUGUGCAGGAUGUGUGUGUGUGCUGUGAAGCUGCUUUAACUCUGGUUACACUCCUCUGUCUGCGUCAUGAGGUGUGAGCUCUCCGCUUUUAUUUUGAAAAAUAAAAAAUAAGAUAAAAUAGAAAUCAAUAUUUUAAAAAAUCUCUGUACAUAUUCAGGAUUUCAGUUUUGUAAUCAGGUGUGCAGGAUUAUCAGUUAUACACUUCCAAUAGGGGGCGCUGUGUAACAUGCUGCUGUGUGGGUGAUGAGACACUGUGGGGGCAAUGUACCCACGGAAAAGCUCUUUGCACCCAAAUACUUUAUUUGGCCCCAGAUUUAUAAAGUGUUUCUGACAUGUUUACUUAAAAAAAGAGGAGGUCUUUGAUUGAAAAUAAAGUCAAGAAUUAAAGGAUUUCCCACAUUGGACGACUCUGUCCUCCAAAAGAGAAAACUGUUCCUUUUUUUCUUUAAAUUGUGUACAAAUCUCAUGCGUAAAAUCGCCCAAAACUCACCAAGAUCUUUGUUAUCAUUAGCAUUCGUUUCAUUUAAUCCAUUAUUUCAUUUUGAGAUGAUUGUUAGGCCAAAGAUUAGUGUUAGUGAAAACCCCACAGCAUCUGAGAUCAGAGUAAUACCAGCAGAGUAAAAGUGAAGCAGUGUAAACAUCCGUUUUCUCCUCCAUGUUCUGCGCUCUCGUGUUCCUUUCUCUGACCUGUAGAGCUGACACUGUCAUCAUUCACACACAGGGGUCAUUUCCGGGUGAGCACAGACUUUCCUCUUUGUCUGACUCCAAAUAAGAACCAUAAACUCUCAUUACACCGUUUUCCCAACUCACAGCGAAUUUAUUUACUAUGUGCAGACAUAGUUGUGAGUCCUUUAUUGACUGUGCGCCAUAACUCAGCCACGAUGAAGUCCAGGGAUUUCUAUUCUUAGAAUAUUUGCCCGAGGAAAUACCGAAACGUCUGUAAAUUUAGUUUUUGUCUUUUUAUAUUGUCUGAAAGUGACCCGUCCUCGAUUUGCCGUCCUCGGUCCACAUCUAGAGUCCACUCCAGAGAGUUUCUGGGACAGACUUUGUUAUAGUUGGGCUGAAAAACUGAAGAGAUUAAAAGCGAAGGGACACGCUGAAGGAUCAUUAACGUCAAAAUUAUGUCUGAAUUGUUCGUUUCUGUGGAAACAGAGGUUCACUUCAGGGAGCGCGUAAAAAUAAAGAGAAGGCCUGUUGCUUUUUAAGCACGUGACGCAAAUUGUUGUGUUCUUAUUUGAUUCCUUUUUAAUUGCUGUUCUUAAUUGUAUGGGUGCAAUUUUAAAUAAAGUAUAAACAGACGUCAACCAACACAUAAUGCAUCUUUUUAUGACUAUCCUCAUUGUUGAUGAGUGUUAUUUUAAAAUAAAUGCUCGAUUGAUUUAUCUCAUGUCCUGUAGAUUCAAAAUGUAUUUUCACUAUUUCUCAAAAUGUUCAAAACUCUCCUCGAUAUUCUGAUAUUUCAAGCUCCACAUACAAAGAGUCUCCUUUUCAAAACUCAUAAACAAAGUUACACCUGAACUGAUUUUCGUUUCUCUUGUAUUUUCCAGACUGUUCAUCGGGUCAACAGGAGUGGCACCGUGGAUUCCUCCGUGAGUAUUACCGUCCCCCGUCUCUGCACCUGGGUCCAGUCAGGAGCUGUGACACUUCAUGCAGCUUGUUCUGUAUCUGCAGGCAAACAGCUGGCUGAGAUCAGGGCUGUAUGA